AUGCUCUCUACACUUAUGGAUAAGAUCGGGGCGCAUCCUAAAGCAAGUAGUCGCCCGGAGGCGACGCGUGCGUCUCCUACCAUAUCUACAGCCAGCCAUAUAACCGCCGACAAUGAUGCCGCCUCAGACCCUCAAUCGCUUUCCUCCUCUUCUACACCUCCCACUAGCAUCGGCGACGGUGCCAGCAUAUCUUCUACGAUCCUCAAGACAGAAGCAAUCUCGUCAGCUCCAGCAACUCCUGCCGCUGAGCCUCGAGCUCGAAGCCGUCGCGAGCGCACAAGCGUCACUACUUACAAUGUCAAGGUUCUGACCGGCACAGCAGUUCAUGCCCCGAAAAAGUAUUGCAAGAACCCCGAUGGCACACCAGUUGUAUACAAGAAGAAGGAGCGCCGCAAGACUAUAUCUAAUGACAUGCUCGUUGGCGCUUCUGGGCCAGCUAAUGCCUCUACGGAUUCACUCGACGAAAAUAACGAUAGGCUUAUCCAAGAUGGAAUAGACGCGCUUGAUUUGCAAUGGUCGGUCAAAAAGUUGUCUAGAUCCAAGAGUCAGAUAGGUCUUGCAGGCAAUGCAAAGAAGUCCGUCAAGCCAUCGCCAUUGCGACGUAGCAAGUCACUUUACACGAAAUCCGCAGUACAAAAAUUUACGAACAAACUUGGAGCAGGAAAGAAAAGCGCUUUGUCUUCACAAGAGGAUGUUGCAUCGGGAGCCACGAAAAUCAAGAGGGAGCUGAGGAAGUUGCAGGAUACCCCGGAAUUCGCGAAGAUUGAGACGGAACCUAUCAUCCACGAAGUUUGGAGUAAUGGAAAACUUGUGGUUGAAGAGCGGCCAAGGAAGAAGAAGAAGACCGAAGAACCACCACAAGUUGAAGAGCCGAAACCAGAACAGAAAAAAGUAAAUGUGAAGAAGGAAAAGAUAUGGCACUCAAAGGGGAUAUAUGCGGGACAAUCUGGCUACUUAGAUAUCUUUAAGAAUAUGCCCAAAGGAACUGCGCACAAGGAAGAUUACGGAGCGGCUGAGAUGAAAGCAACGCGUAGAUCUAUCCUGCCAUUGCCACAAGGUGCUGGUCAGCGUUUGUUGCAUCUGGGUAGAGACUUCAAGCUACCAUUCGAUGUGUGCUCCCCACUACCACCCGGACAGCCAAAACCUGAUGAGUGGCGCAAGACAUCAAGCAAUCGCUUUGCCGGUGACGCAGCAUUAUCUUGGAGAAAGGUCAAGAAGGACCUGCAAGAUAUCUCAAAAUGUGUCUGUGAUGUAGAAGACGGAUGCGAUGAGCGAUGCCAAAAUCGAACUAUGCUUUAUGAGUGUGACGACAACAAUUGCAAUGUGGGUAAAGCUGCUUGUGGAAAUCGUGCUUUUGACGAACUUCAAGAGCGCCGUAAGGCUGGUGGAAAAUACAGAGUUGGGGUUGAGGUCCUCAAGACUGCUGAUCGAGGCUAUGGAGUGCGCAGUAAUCGCUGUUUCGAAGCUAAUCAGAUCAUUGUUGAGUACACCGGUGAAAUCAUUACAGAGGAGGAAUGCGAUAGACGAAUGAACCACGAAUACAAAAACAAUGAGUGCUAUUAUCUCAUGUCAUUCGACCAAAACAUGAUCCUCGAUGGUACCAAAGGUAGCAUUGCUCGUUUUGUCAAUCAUUCAUGCAAGCCAAACUGCAGAAUGGUCAAAUGGGUUGUUGCUGGAAAACCCCGCAUGGCUUUGUUUGCUGGAGACAACCCCAUCAUGACCGGUGAUGAGCUGACCUAUGACUACAACUUUGAUCCCUUUUCCGCAAAGAAUGUCCAGACCUGUCGGUGUGGUAGCGAUAACUGCCGUGGAGUGCUUGGACCAAAACCCAAGGACCAAAAGCCUGUCAAGGAGGCCAUCAAAGAUGCUGUGAAGGCGACGAAGAAGUAUGGGAAGAGAAAGUUCAAGGAAGUUUUUGGAGUCGGUGACACUGACGACUCAGAUCUCGCUCCGAGUCCUAAAAAGAGAAAGAUCAAAGUCCCGACUGGUCUCAAAAGAUCACAGUCAUCAGCAAGCAUGAAAAUGGUUGCCAAAGAUGCUGUCAAGUCCGUCCGAAAAAGUGUUUCAUCGCAAUAUCUUAACGCUCGUAAAGUUGUUACCGUCAAACGUGAAACUGUUACAACAACGAAGACAAAGACAAAAGAGACGGUAAAAGUCAAUUCGAUGAAAACUUACGGUAGCCGACGCUCCAAAGUCCCUUCUCGACGCUCUAGCAUGAAGACAAUGACAACCCCUGGAACCCCUGAAAAGAUGUCAUCCGUUGGAAAGAGAAUCAUCAAACCAACGUCCGCACGAAAGGAGUAUCUAGCUGAUACAAUCGCCUCAAUUGGAAGAAGUGGCUCAAGCGACACCUACAAGAGUCCUUACGGUCCCGUAUCUGCUCAGGGAACUCCCACUAAGAAAGGCACAAUUAGAGUGGUCCAUCCUUCAUCACUCACUGGAGAUAGUGACGAGGAGAUGUGA